GUUACCAUGAUCUGGGGCCAACAACAACAUAACCGUCUACCCUUCGGUUUGCGCAAACUUUGCGUUCCUAGCACUUCACCUUCUAAAUCGACCUCAUCUUCGUGCCUGAUUGGGCAUCACAUUCUACUAUCAUGUUGUUCUACAAACCUGCCUUGCUCGCGACCGUACUCGCUCUUUUCGCUGGCGUCUCAGCAGCACCCGUUUCCGGAACCGAACUGGAGGCUCGUGUUGGCCCCUCUGGCUCUGUGAUCUUCCCGCCUGGAAAUACCAAAUUCGUGAACUUGGGCGGCACUGGCGAUCUCCAUAUCCAGUAUCAACGUGUUAAUCAAACUCUGUCGGGCAACCGCGGGCCUGCGUGGACCGUCGGUGUCGACUUGUUCCUCGAGGAUCCCACUGGAAGGCAGGCUAGUUUCCCCAUUUGCUCUGAUCUUCGGGCGAAUCCAAUCAAUGCGGCUGUAAUUGACGCGCAUUUCGUUCCGCCCGUGGGUGCAUGUGGAACCUACAACCUAGUUUUCCAGGAGCACCAGUUCUACCUCGGGCAAGUCAUCAGCUUCAGGGCUGCUGCCCCUUACGUCAGCAUCACCUGUGGCCCUAUCCAGUGAUGAGCCUGAUUCCUUGUUGUUCUUUCUCGGACCUUCUCGAUCGGACAAUGUUGGACGGAUGUAUUCGCACGUCUAUCAUCGAGAUCUCAUUGUAAAGUUUUAUCUGAAGGAUGUAUCUAUGACGUUAUUAAC